AUGCGUCUUUACUUCGAUGAGAGACCGCGUAGAAGAACUUGGCAAAAAAAAAUUGAAACUGAGGAUAAAACAAAUGAGCUGAAAAACAAGCUCCUAAAUGUAAAGACUCUACCGGCAACAAUAAUAACGAACGCAGCACAACUUGCCAAUUGUGACAGAAAGAUAAUGCGCUCACAUAUGGAGCACCGCCCUGGGCUAAAAAAUGUUGAUAAAUGGAAGAAGUUCGUAUCUCAAAACUUUGACAAAAUAGCUGAGGCUGCCGUAGGUUCCGUGGUAAGAUACACAGCUAAAGAAUACUCUUCUGCCACUCCACCAAAUGAACAGCCGUAUGACGAAAUGAGAACGUACACAGUCCAAAUGAACAGCCUCUUCAGAACGGAUUUUCCUCCUAUUGCAAAGACAUUUGUGUGUAUUAUAUUAAAAGAUUCCAUGGCCACCUCGACAGACUUAUACCCUUUGUUUUUCGGCACUCGUAAAUAUGAUGAUCAGUGA